UUAACAGAGGUUUGUGUGCGUGUGUGGAGUAAGGAAACCUUCUUCCAAAAGUUUACUGGCAAUGGGACACGAUUGAGAGCAGUAGGACAUUGUCGGGUAUGUCUGAGGGGGCUUUGUAUGGUGAUAGGCUGACUGUGGAGUCAAAGAUCACGCAGCCUUUUUCAAGUAGCAAACCCAGAUCGAGGGAGGAAGACAACAAAGAUUUAGGGCUCAGCCUUGGUGCAGAGAAGAUCUCAGAAGGUCCUCCAGGGAGAGAGGUCAUAUUUUUGUCAAGAAAAGUUUCUCUGUCCUCAAAGUCUGAUUCGGAGGAGAAGGGUCUGCCAGAGACCGGGAUGAGGGGGUCUGUGCGGAGGUUUAGCUUCCAGGAGUGGUCGAAGGGGGCAAAAUCACAGUUCACAGGGUCUUGUGGGGGUCUGAGAGGUCCCAACCUGGCCGCAGCCCAAUUCUGGAGAGCCAUUGAGAUCGACAAAGGGAAGAACGAAGGGAAAAGGGGAAUGCAGAAGAGUGCAGAAGAUGGGAAGUUCAGAAGCCCAGGAAGCGCCUUGGGGUUGUGCCUUGGGACAAGCCUUGAGGGUUCCUCAGACCCUGAGGGAGUCCGCCGAGCAGCAGGUGGGAGCCCCAGGAAGAGAGAUGAAGGGAAGAAGUAUGGAGGAGCCUUGAAGUUGUCCGUGAGUAAUGGUUGUGGAAUGGAGGAGACGCAGCAAGGCCAGGUUCCAUCAGGGGGCAGUAGAGAGCGCGUAUCUGUCAAGCAGACCAUUCGUUCGUUUGAAUCCAUAUUGAAACCAGGACUUGUUGGCAGAAGGGCUUCCCAGUUUGAGCCGUCAAAGAGGUUCGCUGCUGAAUUGUCCGUCCUGAGGUCGGGAAAGGACCGCCCCAGGUCUCUCUCUGUCCCCUCUCUGCUCCGUCAACCCUCGACCCAACAGGGUCAGGCCAACAAAGAAGAUCUUCCAUUAACGAGAGGACGAGUGGUUCUGACAGGCUGGACCUCAUCCAGGGUCAACAUGGAGGAUGGGAGUUCAAUGAGACAUCAAAGAGGCCAUGACAUCACCGGCUUUGAACCCCAAGAUGGUCCAGGCUGCGUCGCUAGGCAACACAAGCCAGAGAGCCCGUGCUUGGGGCGAAUUGGUGGGAUGUCUGAUGGGGGGAAUGUGUCUGAGGGUGCGGGGGGAGCAAGCGUUUGUGCUGUGAGCCCCAGCGCACAGGCUCCAACGCAGGGAGAUGGUCAAUUGGGGAACUCUGGGCAAGAUCUUACCUUGAGCACAAGACCGUGUCUGUCUACACCGAUGUCUGAAGGGGCCAACGCCACCAGAAAGGAUGGAGGACGGUGCUUGUUGCCAGCAAUGGCAAAAACCACCAGCGAAGGCAUCCCUUCUCUGGUGGUUUUCCCAGUUGAGUCCAGUCCUCUGGUGUCCUGGGCUGGCCUUGACCGGUCGUUGGAGACAGCAGCCAUCUUGCCCUGUCUCAACUUGGAUGAUGAGUGGUCUGAGUCUGAUGAGUCUGAGAUGACGACACACAGUGACGGGAGUCAGUUGGACAGAAGUUAUUCCAUCAGCCUGGCAGAGCUCAGGGAUUGUGGGCCUGGCUGGAGGGAAGACAGCAGGAAGGCUGACAUGUUGGAUCGCUCUGCCUCUUUGCAAUCCAACGCCUCCUUCCUGUCUUUCGUGUCGCUUAUUCCUAGCGACGAAUUGGAUCUCCUUAUGGAAGAAGUCAAAGGACUUGAUGAUGGUGGCUUUGAGUCCCUGGAUGACAUUCGAGUGGUGGUUUUACACAAGGAAGAGGGAGCUGGACUUGGCUUCAGUAUCGCUGGGGGAGAAGAUUGUGAGACCAAGAGAGUGACUGUACACAAGGUCUUUGUCAGCGGCCUGGCUGCUCAGGAGGGAACCAUCCAACGUGGGGACGAGGUUCUGUCCAUCAAUGGCAGCCGAAUGCAGGCUGUUGCUCACAGCGAGGCUCUGGCUUCGCUCCACAAGGCCCGGUCUCUGAGACAGGCCAUCGUGGUGGUGCGGAGAGCGAGCGAGGCCGCCCUGUCCCCAGCCCACUCAACACUGACAGGGCUCAGUGAGGGCUCAGAUCCUGUGGGUAAAACGGUCACCAUGGAACUGACCAAGGGCUCCUCUGGUCUGGGCUUCAGUCUGAACGGAGGAAGGGGCUCGAGUCAGGGAGAUAAACCACUGACUGUGAAGAAGGUUUUCCAGGGCGGAUUAGCAGCCAGCUCGGGCCUGAUCCAGACAGGUGACCAGGUGAUGGAGAUACAAGGUGUGACUAUGCAGGACCUCACCUGCUAUGAAGCCUGGAACCUCAUCAAGUCACUACCCACAGGUCCUGUCAGCGUCCGAAUACGGAAAAAAGUCGAACAGCCCGGCCCGACUACGUGAGUGCGACCUGGGAGUCGCUCAUCUCCUUCCCUGGAAAGAAAGUAUACCCUACCUCAGUUUCCUUUGCCGGAUAGACGUGAGCGAUCUCUGAUCUGAGAGAACAGUGACUCUUCCCAUCUGUGCCUGGAAACGUGAAGCAUUGCACAGGGUUUUGCCUGAGUUUCCUUGUGUGUCAGACACCCGGCUGUU